AAUGGCUACAAGUUAGAAAAGUCAUCCUCAUCACAGCAACAAAUCGAUCGACCUGACACUUACUACGCAGUGACACAUCGUGAUACUGUUUCUUUAUCAACCAUUUGGAUUCAUUCAUCUAUAUCUUUUUUGGAAGAAAAGAAGUAAAGGUGAAUUGUAUUAGAAGACAACAGUAUGGCUGCAUUACCAGCAGCGAAGGGAACUUCAUACCAGUAUGAAACACAAGGCAGUUUUGACUGGGACAAUUACUUGGUGGAGAGUGGGUCAAUAGCAGCCCCACAAAGCUGCUUCAAACAGCGAAGGGAACCUCAUACCAGUAUGAAACUCAAGUCUUUUACUCCACCUUUGAAUGAGUUCAAGCUGAACAUGAAGAUAGAGGCAGUUGACCCUAGAAACCUGACCUCAAUUUGUGUGGCAUCAGUGGUGGGAAUGAUCGGCCCACGACUCCGACUCCGGCUUGAUGGGAGUGACAACAAGAAUGACUUCUGGAGACUAGUUGACUCGUCAGAUCUCCAUCUCAUUGGAUACUGUGAACUGUUUGGAGGACUCCUACAGCCUCCUUUAGGAUUUCGCAUGAACCCCUCCUCCUGGCCAGCUUUCUUGCAGAAAACAUUAAAUGGAGCAGAAGUUGCACCAGCAGAAUGCUUCAAAAAGGAACCUCCAACACCUAAAUGUAAUGAGUUUAAAGUGGGAAUGAAACUGGAAGCAGUAGAUAGGAAAAAUCCACAGCUCAUAUGCCCUGCAACAGUCGGGGCAGUGAAUGGAGACCAGAUUCAUGUGACGUUUGAUGGAUGGAGGGGGGCUUUUGACUACUGGUGUAGAUAUGACUCCAGAGACCUGUUUCCCUGUGACUGGUGUUUGAAAAGUGGUCACCAGCUUCAACCUCCUGGCCAGAAAGGAAACCCUCAGUUGAAGUCCUCAAAAGGGAAGGAAGUGCCAUUGUCCAUAUCUCUGCCAACAUCCAACACCUCAGGAAACAGUGGAUCCAAAGCGUCUCCAUCUCUCGGAGGUGGAGCCGGGAAAUCCCUCCACUCUAACUCUACUAGUCCCAACAUGGCAGAUAGCAAACCACUAUCUCCCAGAGAGGCAGAGUCUCCUCUUGUCACAGUUACAGAACCAGACACAAGUUCACCAAGUGCUGCGACAGUUUGUGUGUUUGUGAACCAUGGUUGUGACUGUGGGAUGUACCUUCAAUCAAGGAAGAUCUGUCAGCUACCUAGUCAGUUUGGCCCAGGAACGAUAGUGAAGGUGCUCAGAGAGGUGGUCCAAACAUGCAUAGAUAGUGCAAUUCAUGAAAAGCAGGUGUAUAACUGUAUCCAAGAAGGCAGUGGAAAAGUCAUCGUCACAGCAAACCAAGGAAACAAAACACAUACAAAGCGUCUACCUGUUAUUGACAAGAUGUCGAGUCUGUGGAGUUUUAUAGAACGCAUGCUGGAGGACCUGGGAUGUUGUGAAAACCUUUUCACCAGUCAGCCUCUUCAUGGGUUCUGUCCAAAGUGUGGAAGGAGCAAAAACAAGACAGAAGAUGAAUCUGAAAAAUUAACAAAAAUCAUUAUGAAGAGACGCUGGUCCACAGAGUCGUUAGACAGUCAAAAGGGAUCAAAACACCAAAAGAUGAGGAGGUUCUCAGAAUAUACAGCUGAAGGGGCCUUCGCCAUGCUGAUCAAACCUUCACCUCUGGCAAGUUCCACCACUGCAGACCCCAAACCGAUCCAUAAGUUAGGGAACGACCCCCUGGAAUGGUCAAUAGAGGAGGUCAUCCACUUCAUAUGUGAUACAGAUGCUGCCUUGACACCUCACACAGAGCUCUUUAGGAAACAUGAAAUAGAUGGAAGAGCUCUGUUGUUGUUGAACAGUGAUAUGAUGAUGAAAUACAUGGGACUGAAGCUUGGUCCUGUUCUCAAACUCUGUAACAUUGUGGAGAAACUCAAGAAUAAGAAGUAAACCAAAAGAUCCAUGGCAAUCCUGAGGUUGUAGAAAAUGUGUUUCUGCUAGCACAAUUACAUCAUUCACAGAGGUUUGAACUUAUAGCAGUAGCAAGUUACUGGCUGACAGCAUAUAGGUAUAGUUGAAACUUUGGAUGAUGUGUAUUCUAUGAUGUGUGGAUUAGGGCCCAGUUGUAUAAAUACUAUCUAUUGCUUUGAACAUUCUGGAUAGAAAUCAAACAAAAUCUUUCACAUGCUAUAUCUCAUUAAACAAGACAAAUGAUUACAGAAUCAUGAUCAAAGUAAAAUAAUCUGACAAGAAAGAGGUAUUCCUUUAAUUACAGGAAGAGUCAAUCCAAAAUUUAAAUUAGAUAAAACAUUAAUUAAUGACAAGAAAGAGGUAUUCCUUUAAUUACAGGAAGAGUCAAUCCAAAAUUUAAGUUAUACACUGGAUAAAACAUUAAUUACUGAGAAACAAUCCAGAGGUCAAGUUAACUAUAGCAUUAAUUCACUAAGAGUCAAUUCCAAAUUCAGAUAUCAUACUUGCUAAUAUUUAUUUAAACAGAUAAGAACAACCUUGCUUUUUAUACGCCCGUCAAAUUUGACGGGAG